AUGUGUCUUUAUUCAAAUUCUGCUCAUGCUAUAGCAUCUGCUUGUGCAACAAUGGUACCUUCAUAUAAUAGUAUAAUAUCAUCUGGACAAAAUACUUCAUGUAUAAUUCAAAAUUAUUUAAUAGUCUGGUUGGAUGCUAAUAUUGAUAUAGUGAAUAAUGAUAAUUAUCGUAGUAUAAUCACAAUUUUACAACAAAUUGUUAAUUCUGUAAAUAUAUUUACGACAAUCAAUGAAUGUAUAGAUUUUAUUCAAAAUAUCAAAAAUGAAACAAUAUUUUUAAUUAUAUCGGGAUUGUUUGGUCAAACUGUAAUAUCUAUUAUUCAUGAAAUACCACAAAUUAAUUCUAUUUAUAUAUUUUGUGAAAAUAAAUUAGAUCAUGAACUAUGGAUAUAUAAAUGGUGGAAAAUUAGAAAUGUUUUUAUGGAAACUUCAUUUCUUUGUCAAGCACUUAAACAAGCUGCUGAAGAAUAUGAUCGAAAUACUAUUUCGAUAAGUUUUAUUGAAAUGUGUGAUAAAAAUUUUGAUCAAAAUCUAGAGGAACAACAUCAAUCCUUUAUGUUUAUUCAAAUCUUAAAGGAUAUCAUAUCAACAAUAAAAUUUAAACAACAAGAUUUUAAAGAAUUUAUUACUUAUUAUCGUAAAAAAGUUGAAGGUAAUGUUAUUGAACUAAAAAAUAUUGAUAAAUUUGAACGAGAAUAUUAUGAUAACGUACCAAUCUGGUGGUAUACUUAUCCAUGUUUUCUUUAUUCUAUGCUUAAUCAUGCAUUACGUACUAUGGAUGUAGUUACAAUUAUUAAAAUGAGUUUUUUUAUAGGUGAUCUUCAUCAUUAUAUUACUCAACUUCAUUCUGAACAAAAGUUUAUUCGUCAUGAUUUAACUUCAUUUAAUGUAUAUCGUGGUCAAGGAAUAUCUCAAAAAGAUUUUAAUCAAUUAAAAAUAAAACAAAAACAAUUAUUAUCUUUCAAUAAUUUUUUAUUUACUAGUAAAAAACGUGAUGUUGCUUUAAAUUUUGCACGUCAAACUAUAGCAAAUUCAAACUUGAUUGGAAUCUUAUUUGUUAUCACAAUAGAUCCUUCUAUAGAUUCAAUUCCUUAUGUCAACAUUCGUGAUAUUAGUUCUUAUCCAAUGGAAGAAGAUUUUCUCUUUUCUAUGAAUUCUUUAUUUCGUAUUGAUCAACUUAAACAAAUCGAUAAUAGUAAUACUCAUCUUUGGCAAGUAGAAUUAACAUUAGUUAAUAACAAUGAUCCACAAAUUCAUAUGUUGAUUGAACAUUCUCUAGAUGUAACAAUUCCUUAUAACAUAGGUUGGUAUCGAUUAAGUGAAUUAUUAAUAAAAGAAGGUCAAUAUGAUAAAGCUCAACAAAUGUAUGAUAUCAUCAUUACUAAAAUAUCUGAUGAUAUUGAGAAAGGAUUUCUAUAUUAUCAACUUGGUUUGAUUAAAUUUCAUCAUGGUGAAUACAUAGAAGCAAAUUCAUAUUAUCAUUUAUCACUUGAAAUUCUUCAAAAAAUUCUUUCUUCUGAACAUAUUGAUGUGGCCGCAUGUAACAAUGAAAUUGGUCUAGUCUAUGAAAAGAUGGGCGAAUAUUUAAAAGCAUUAUCAUAUCUCAAAAUAGCACUUGAAAUCUAUGAGAAAAAUUUAUCAAUAAAUGAUCCAUUGUUAGCAAUUUUUAACAAGAAUAUUGCUAGAGUAUAUUUCCUGAAUGAUGAUUAUUCAAAAUCACUUUUACAUUAUGAAAAAACAAUUGAAAUUUAUGAAAAUAAUUUUUCUUCAAAUCAUUCUGAUAUAGCUACUUCCUACAAAAACAUAGCUUCAGUGUUAGAAAAGAUGGGUGAUUAUACAAAAGCAAUAUCAUAUGCAGAAAAAGUACUUGAAAUUUACAAAAAAAAUUAUUCUUCAACUCAUCCUGAUAUAGCUGAAACAUAUAACAAUAUUGGUUUACUAUAUGAAAAGCUAUGCGAACCUUCGAUAGCACUUGCAUAUUAUGAAAAAGCACUUGAAAUUUAUGAACAAACUCUAUCUUCAGAUCAUCCUGAUUUAGCUACAUGUCAUAAAAACAUUGGAUCAGUAUAUUUUCAAAGAGGUAAUUAUAUGACAGCACUUUCAUCUUAUGAAAAAGCACAUGAAAUCUAUAGAAAAAAUAUUUCAACCAAUCAUCUUCAAUUAGCUACUUCUUACACUUGUCAUGGUAUUACGUAUGAGAAAAUGGGUGAUUACACAAAAGCACUUUUAUAUUACGAAAAAGCAUUGGAAAUCUAUCGAAACAUAAAUCCUUUAAAUCAUCUCAAUUUAGCUACUGCUUAUAAUAAUAUGGGCUCUGUAUGUUUUCAGAUGCAUGAUUAUUCCGCAGCACUUUCAUAUUACAAAGAAGCACUUGAAAUCUAUCAAGAAAAUCUUCCUCGAAAUCAUCCCGAUUUAGUUGUUUCUUACAUUAAUAUUGGUGAUAUCUAUGAUCAAAUGGGUGAUCUUUCAAAAGCACAUUCAUUUUAUAAAUCUGCUCGUGAAAUGGAAGAAAAUUUGUUUCCUGUAAAUCAUCAUUGUCUUAAACAAUGCAAAGAAAAAAUUGAAAAACUAAACAAAAAAUUACGAAUAACAUUCAAAAAUUAA